AUGCGCACUCUUGUCCGCCUCUUAUGCCGUUUCAAUGGACAUGAUCUCCAAACCCUUUCACCGGCUCAUUGCCUACCAGCUCAAAAACGCAACCAAUCAUCCUUUGCUAGACUCAGUGGCCGUCGGAAACGUAUAGUUGUUGCUGUUACGGGAGCCACUGGUUCACCCUUGGCAGUUGCUCUCCUCAAACGUCUCCAGGAACUCAAGGUCGAGACACAUCUUAUCAUGUCGAAAUGGGGAGGGGUAACACUCAAAUACGAACUCGAAGCCCCAAGCAACACGGUUUUAUAUCUAGAAUCUCUUGCCUCAGUCACCCACUCAUCCCUAGAUGUGUCAGCUUCACUAUCUUCUGGUUCCUUUCGCACAGACGGCAUGAUUGUAGUUCCAUGCAGUAUGAAGACACUGGCGGGCAUACGCAUGGGCUAUGAUAACGACCUUAUCGUACGAGCGGCAAGUGUGACACUGAAGGAGAGAAGAAGGCUUGUUCUAGUGGCUAGAGAAACGCCGUUGACGAGUAUUUACUUGGAGAAUAUGCUUGAAGUAACGAAAGCCGGCGCCGUGGUAUUUCCACCAGUGAUGGCCUUUUAUACAAGGCCAAGCUCAAUCGAUGAUAUGGUACAGCAAAGUGUUAUGAGGAUGAUCGACCUGCUCGACCUGGGAGUCAUAGAUGGAGACAUGGAAGAUGAGGCACGUUGGUCAGGGUUUGACUGGGCAGGAAAGGUGAAGAAGCAAAACAUAUAG